UCGGACUCGUCUGGAUCACAUCACAUGCUGAACGGGAAGUGAUAAUUUCAGCCGCCUCUCUUUCUCUCAGCUGGUGUACGCAUUGCGCUGGCUGGAAAGUAAGUUGUUUGUUCUGCCGUCUCACCCCGGAGAUCACACGUUUCAGCGGCGAUUUGCAGAAUGAGCACUGGAUUUAGAAUUAUUUAUGAACAAUAUAAAAGGUUUAAUGAAGAUGGUCAUUCAGGACACAAUGGAAUCUGCCAUGAUAAAGAAUUAAAAACACUAGUCAAACUGCAGUUAAUAAAAAGUGCUGCAGAAUUAGUCAUCUUCCUAAGGGAUGAACUGGUUGAAACCAUUUCCAAGUCUCUGUACAACUCAGUGAAUUACACAAGUACGUUAAAGUUGCUGAUUGGGGCUUUUGAAUUAUUGGAGCUGGCUGCCCUCAACCUCUUUCAGUACCCAUGGAGAAAUGAGUUCAAAACAAUAAAAACAUUUUCAGGAGCUUAUGUGCACUAUCUGAAACCUGCAAUCUGUAAUGAAGACCUGAUAAGAAUUUUUAAGAAAAUGGGUUAUAAACUGAAGGAUAACCUCCAACUAGAAAUUAAAGAUCCACCACAUUCUUUGGAGUUGAUCAGGCUGGCAUUUGAAUUCUUUGUUACAAGAAUUGAAUGUGAAAUCUUGUUGGAAAUAGUAGGAAAGCUGGAGAACUACAACAUUUCGGUUGAUGAGUUGCUUCGAGAAAGGAAAUUGAUGGAAAGCAUUGACACUUGUGUAGCUAAACUCAGAAAGUGCCUUCCUCCUGCUGAUAGAAGCCAGAGAGAAAGCCAACUGAAAAAAACCGCUUCUAGCGGAGAAAAUUUAGAUGUGGAUUUAAAAGUGAUUUCUGGUGAAAGGAAUCAAGCUGGCUGCCCUUCCCAGAGAGAAUAUGAUGGAAAUGCAAUCCAUUCACCACCAUGGAGAUUGAGGUCUCCUCCUGGUCACCAAUACAAGGAUGAUGCUUAUAGCAAACACAUUACUGGAAUCCCUAGUACGAAUUGUGUUCAUUUAUUGACCCACCAGGACAGUAAAUUUGAGGACUCCCAAGAUCGGGCUAAAGACAGAUGUGAGUUUAACUAUGAUAUUAGUAAUUCACAUACAGAUGGAGUUAUGAAAAUGGUAUUGUUGGAAGACACUGGUGCUAAAAACUACAAACUGCAUUGCUGCCUUGCUAAUGGUGAAUCUGCUCACUUCUGUUGUGAAACGUGUCACACAGUGCACACCAUUUUGUGUGAAGCUAUGAAACAGUGUGACAGUCAUUCCCUUAGAUUUUUUGAUCCUGAAAAUUCAACAUGUCUGCAAAGUGCUGAAGCUUCUCAGAGUGACUUAAAGCAACAAUCAUAUGCAGACAUAUUAAAAACAGCUCCAAAGUGUGGGGUUUGUAGAGAUUUAUCUGUAAAGUUUCGUUGUAAAUGUGGCACACACGUGUGUUGGCAGUGUGGUUAUAAAAAUUUUUUGUUGUGUAAGAUAUGUGGUGGUAAAAUUUUAAAAAUUUAAACCCUGAUACUAAAACCCAUCACUAUUAGUUUGAUAUUCAAUAGUUUAAAUGAACAUUGAGACAUUUACAAACUGUAUGCCUUGGGUUGGUAAAAUUGUGGCUCUUUUUUUAAAAGCUGUUAAUGUAAAUAUUUAACACUAUUUUUGCUUACAUAUGUAUUGACAUGUUUCUGCUUGUGAUUUGAUUAUGAACAGUUUGGUAACCAAGGAUUAUGUUAAAUGCAGAUCAAAUGUUCUAGUUUCUAAACAUGCACAGUGUUGCUGUCACUUCGAUAUGUUGGAAGCUGAGCAAAAUUCUUGAUCAAUGUUUAAGGUCAUGCACACAACUUUCAAUUUUACACAACCUGUUUUUAAAGUUAACACUUGAAUAGAAAAUCUUGAAUCUGUUGCUUGGAAAAUAAUAAAAUCAAUACUUACA